GUGAAUGUGAGUGAAGCAUUGCAGCGAACUAUAUACUAAGCAUAUUAUACCAACUAUGGCUACGGUAGCAUCGCAAGCACCUCCGCAAGUCACCGGAGACGAUGGUCUGGGUCCGGUACGCUUGCCGGUCGACAGGGAGACGUACCAGUUCGAUGACUGGACCAUCGGGUACACCAAAUCACACAUCCUGAAAAGCAUGUGCGUGAACGGCGAUCGCUGCGUAGCCGGAGAGCCAGACUGUUGCGAGCUGUGCGUGUACAACUUCGCACUCGCGCUACCCCACCUGCCCGAUAUGGUGUUCCACCGGAACGUGCUGCGGAUCAGCCAUUCGUCCGGGGCACAGCUCGAGUUCAACCCGCUGGACGCGCUGAAGCUGGUGUGUAACGAAAAGCUCGAUCUUAAAGUGGCCUGCUCGGAAGAAUGGCGCGAGAGCCGUCCGGAAGCGGCGCAAACGUCGGACAAAGUGAAGCACUUCGACUGGACGUUUACGACAGAGUACGCGGGCACGGUAAACGAUCGGUUCCGGGUGGAGACCACCGACCAGCGCAUCGACAUGUUCAAACUGAUGCGCAAAGAGAACAUCCUUUUCUACCACAACUUGACCCUGUUUGAGGACGAACUGCACGAUCACGGCAUUGCGUUGCUGUCGGUGAAGGUGCGCGUCAUGCCGUCUGGAUUCUACGUUUUGCUGCGCUUUUUCCUGCGCGUCGACAACGUGCUGCUGCGCAGCAACGACACUCGGUUCCACUACGAGAAGGGUAACGAUUACGUGCUGAAGGAAUUCACGCACCGCGAGGCGAAAGUGGAACAACUGAAACACAUUCCUCCGGCGCUCUUCACCAACCCGGACCACAUCGUCGAUAAGCUGCCCGUCAUCCGGAAGGUGAACGAAAAGCUCACCGUCGUAACUGGCGCAAUAGACACGGAUACGAACUAACCCAGCGAUCAGCAGACCGGCUGGUUUUGUGAUUUUUUAUUGUUUCAACGCGGGAAAUAAAUGCACGCAUACACGA